AUGUGGUUAAAGAUGGGGGAGGAGUUGGAGUUAGAAGUCCUGCCAAAGGGCUGUACUCCACCCCCUCCAUCUCCAGACUACCAUUCCACAUUGAGCACAUUUGGCACGAAAAAUGAGUCAUUAAAAAGACCUCUAAGUCCUACACCAGAGAGCGACGCCUUUUCACCAGUUGCCAGCUACUCGCCGGCCCUGGAUUCAUGUAGUGCCUUUACGCCAGUGACACGUACCAUUAGUCAGGCCGAAGACUCUAUUCUGACUACUUUAAGGCGAACAAACCAGGACAAGAUUCAAAAAUUGGAAAAAAGGAUGAAGGAAAAAACCCAGGAGGAUGUCUUGCUAGAACAAGUAAACGUGUUAAAAACCCUCCUGGCCAGAGUGACAGUAGACGUCGAUCAAAUGAAAAUUAUCAUAAACUUUUUAGAAGACAAGUUGUCGAAAGGAGAUAACAGAACCUCGGCUAAAAGGGUCGCGUUUACAACGCUCUAGUUCUGUAAAGGUGUUCAAGCUUGUGAUAUUGUACAUGUACUAUCUCUGUUGUCUUUAAGUUUCCUGAUAACAAAAAGACCUAGAGAAUCUCAAAACUUUGUAAAAAGUAUAACGAUAGUUUACUUACUGUAAAGGGUUGAGGAAUGGUUCUACCUCUGUUGCAAAUAAAAAAGUGAAGUAAAGAAAUGCUUCAAAUUUUGCACCUUUUAUACUCAAAUUUUUGUUUAUAUAAUAAAGGACUGACCCUACGAAAAACUGUGUUCUAAAACCAUGCCCGGAUACAAUAUUUUGGUAAUUCUA